AAGGUCAACCCGUUUGACGUGUGAGGGAGCUCGCUUGAGUUGCCGCUCCACACGCACGCACAGGAGGAGGGCGACAGGAACACACGAACCCACCGUCCCCCUCGAGCGAUGCUCACCGCCGCCGUAGCGCGCUGCUCCCGCCGGGGGCCCCUGGGCUCCCUGGCUUCGCUCGGCAGAGCCCUCGCCGCGGGGCAGCUGCGGCGUGCAGCGGGCUGCGAGAGGCCUAGUCCGGGCUGCGGGAGGCCUGGUCCAGGCUGCGGGCGGGAAUCCAGGCGAGCGGCGUCUGCCUCCUCCUGGGAGCGCCGGGAGAGGACGGAGUCGGCGGCGAUGGAGGACGCCGAGGAGGAGGAGGAGAAGAGUCUCUCGAGUCGUUUCGCGGCGCGCUCCUUCAGGAAGAGCGCGGGGACACACGAGGAGGAAGAGGAGGACGGGGGGGAGGAGGAGGAGAGGGUGCGGGGAGGCCGCAGGGACACGGCGUACUGGUUCCACGUGCAGUGCAAGCGCCUGGCGCGGAGCGGACAGCUGGAGGAGGCGCUCCGUCUGUUUGAGGAGACGGGGCUGAAGCAGCAGCGCCUGCAGCCCGAGGAGUUCAACUUCACGGUGUUGAUCGGGGCAUGCGCCCGCGCUGGCCUCACCCGCCGCGCCUUCCGCCUCUAUAACGAUAUGAAGAAGCGUGGGCUUACCCCGAGCUCGCACACCUACACGGCGCUGUUUAACGCGUGCGCGGAGUGCGGACGCCCCGAGCAGGGCCUAGCUUUGGCGGAGAAGCUGUGGGCCGAGCUGCAGCAGAAGUCUGGAAGAGCAGAUACGCAUCUUUUCACGUACCACGCGCUGCUCAAGGUGUACGCACGCUAUGGUAGUCUGGCGCCCGCCAUCGAGGUGCUCAAGGAAAUGGUUGGCAAUGGUGUGGUCCCAACCUCCACCACGCUGAGCUUUCUGCUGGAGGCAGCCAAGCGAGAUCCCUCGGAGGGCUUUCGCCACGCCCUGCAGCUGUGGCGCUGGAUGGAGCGUGUCGGGGUGGCACCAAACCUCCACAACUACAGUUUCCUGCUGUCCGUUGCUCGGCAGUGCGACAUAGGCGACCCGGCGGUUGCCACUGCUCUGCUGCUAAACGAUUCCAGUGAGAGUAGAAAUAUCGGGAAUCUUCCAGUCCGCAGCCAGAAGGGAGCCAAGAGACGGACUUCUACGAGUGCAGCAGUGGCAAGUGUCCAAGACCUUCAAGGGCGACUGUUCAACUCUCAAAGAGCUUGUCCACAUCCAGAUUUCGUCCAAGAGGACAAGAGUACGAGGGGUGCACACGAGAGGCAGCUCGCCCACGAGCAAGCACCACAGACGAGAGCUGACCAGCUGUCCACGAGUUGUGCAUCUAGGGAGCGAGCCGAUGUCGAGGAGUAUCCCGAGCAGAUGGCAAUCGCACAGCGGCACUCUGACCAGAUUCCCCAGCACUCAACAUCGCUGGCACUUUUGCCCGAAUCGCCGGGCAGUCGCCUCGAGUUACAGGGCAGUCUGCUGGAGCCAGGCCGGCGCAGCGCCAAGGGCCACGUGCUGUCUCUGAGGGCGGCGCCCGACCCCGCCGAUCGGCUGGCGCUGCUGGGCGGUGUGGCAGGAGUGCUGGGGGCUCUACGCAGGCACGGCCUGGCCCCCAACGUGCUUAUCUUCACACAGCUCGCUAUGCUGUUGCCUGCUGAUCAGUUUGAUCAAGACGAGCGGCUGCUGCAGGAGGCGAAGGCCUGCGGAGCGGAGCCAGACAUCACCUUGUACAACGUGUUGGUGGGGCGCAGGAGCCGCGCCGGCGACCUGGCUGCAGCGCGCGCGUUGGUGGGGGAGCUGGUGCGGGAGGGGCUGUCCCCUGACAUGCACACGUACAGCGCGCUGGCCGCAGGCUGCCAGCAUGAGGAGGACGGUGUGCAGCUGCUGAGAGACAUGAGGACAAGCGGCUUGACUCCCAAUUCCCACGUGUGCGGGGUGAUCAUCUCCGUGGCGAUCCGUCGUCUCGACUACUCGUACCUGACCGCGGUGCUCAAGGAGAUGGCUCGGUCGCACAUCGCCGCCUCGCCCGCCAUCCUGCGGCAGCUCGACUUCGCAGCCCGCUACCCACCGGGAUACGAUCACUACAGCGCAUCGAACGCCUAUCUGGAUAAGAUUGACGGCUUCCGUGGGUUCUACCAGCUCUGGCUGAAGCACACCUCUGCCGUGGACGACACAACGCAAGUCCGGUGAAUCUGUUGGCCUUGUGAGCCAAGGGUGUAAAGAGACAAUAAAAUAUUCCCCACGAGAGACCAUUCCCACACUAGGCUGCAGUGCUGUGAGCUGCAUUUCCUGUGCCAAUGACGACUGGACAAAUAUGCACCCCCCCCCUCACCUAUCCGGCUAUCG